AUGGCCGCGGCGGUGGCGGUCGCGGCCGCAUCUCGGCGGCAGUCUUGCUAUUUGUGUGAUCUGCCCCGUAUGCCCUGGGCCAUGAUUUGGGACUUCAGCGAACCCGUGUGCCGAGGCUGCGUCAACUACGAAGGCGCCGACCGCGUUGAGUUUGUCAUCGAGACAGCGCGGCAGCUCAAGCGAGCGCACGGAUGCUUCCAGGAGGGCCGCUCUCCGUCUGGCAACACCGCCCCCGCCACCUCCAAGCCGCCGCCGCUCUCGGCCAAGGAUAUUCUCCUUCAACAGCAGCAGCUCGGCCACGGCGCCCCAGAGGCGACCCCGCGCGCCCCGCAGGCCCUGGAGCGCUAUCCGCUGGCGGCCGCCGCCGAGCGUCCCCCGCGCCUCGGUUCCGACUUCGGCGGUAGCCGCCAGGCGGCGGGCCUGGCCCAGCCACCGACCCCACAGCCGCCGCCCGUGAACGGCAUUCUGGUGCCUAACGGCUUUUCCAAGCUGGAGGAACCACCGGAGCUGAACCGCCAAAGCCCUAACCCUCGACGCGGCCAUGCGGUGCCUCCCACCCUGGUACCGCUUAUGAACGGCACAGCCCCGCCACUUCCCGCCGCGCUAAGCCUUAGCAGCCGCGCCGCUGCGGCCUCACUGGCCGCUGUGUCUGGGACUGCCACGGGCCUGGGUCCCGCGCAGUCCGCCGAGCUGGGCGCCCACAAGCGGCCCGCGUCUGUUUCUAGCAGCGCGGCCGUGGAGCACGAGCAGCGAGAGGCGGCGGCCAAGGAGAAGGCGCCACCGCCGGCGCACCGGGGUCCAGCAGACAGCCUGUCCGUUGCAGCUGGGGCCACCGAGCUGGCCGCGGAGGGCUCGGGCAAGGGACGUGGGCCCACCGAACAGGACUGGGUCAACAGACCUAAGACCGUGCGCGACACGCUGCUGGCACUGCACCAGCACGGCCACUCGGGGCCCUUCGAGAGCAAGUUUAAGAAGGAGCCAGCCCUGACUGCAGGCAGGUUGUUAGGUUUCGAGGCCAACGGGGCCAACGGGUCAAAAGCAGUUGCAAGAACAGCAAGGAAGAGAAAGCCAUCUCCAGAACCAGAAGGUGAAGUUGGGCCCCCCAAGAUCAAUGGAGAGGGCCAACCAUGGCUUUCCACAUCAACAGAAGGGCUCAAGAUCCCCAUGACUCCCACAUCCUCUUUUGUGUCUCCACCCCCACCUACUGCCUCACCUCAUUCCAACCGGACCACACCGCCUGAAGCGGCCCAGAAUGGCCAGUCUCCAAUGGCAGCCCUGAUCUUAGUAGCAGACAAUGCAGGGGGCAGUCAUGCCUCAAAAGAAGCCAACCAGGUUCACUCCACUACCAGGAGGAAUAGCAGCAGUCCACCCUCUCCAUCCUCCAUGAACCAAAGAAGGUUGGGUCCCAGAGAUGUGGGGGGUCAGGGGGCUGGCAGCACGGGAGGACUUGAGCCAGUGCAUCCUGCCAGCCUUCCGGACUCCUCUCUGGCAGCCAGUGCCCCCCUGUGUUGCACCCUCUGCCACGAGCGGCUGGAGGACACCCACUUUGUGCAGUGCCCUUCUGUCCCUUCGCACAAGUUCUGCUUCCCUUGCUCCAGACAAAGCAUCAAACAGCAGGGAGCUAGUGGAGAGGUCUAUUGUCCCAGUGGGGAAAAAUGCCCCCUUGUGGGCUCCAAUGUCCCCUGGGCUUUUAUGCAGGGGGAAAUUGCAACCAUCCUUGCUGGAGAUGUGAAAGUGAAGAAAGAGAGAGACUCGUGA